AUGAGGCGUGUCCCGGCGCGCGUUUUCUGUGUGCUGCUGGCAGUCUGUGAUGCCUUCUUCGACUGCCAGGCAGGCGACAGCGACAGGUUCUGCAAAUCGGAACCAAACUCCUGCCAUGGACGCUGGUACAGUUUGAGGAAGCCCUGCGGACCACCGGAUGCCUGCCUGGACUUGCCGGAGAAAGGCCCGAUUAUGGGCCUGCAAGCUGUAGAUCUGGAUGCGGAUGGGCAGGUGGAUCUCCUUGUCAGCCACGUUGGGGGGAGAGCUUCAAUUGUGAAACAUGACGGGGGGUUGGUCGAGGGCAACAGUACCAUUGGAGGCAUGAAGUUUCCUUAUGGCUCGUUUGUGCAAGCAGUUGAUUGGGAUCAUGAUGGUGACCUGGACCUCGUCGCAGUAGAUUCAACUGGUCUAUGGCCGAGCAUGCUUCCAUGGAAUGCAAGUAUGCUCUUCUAUUGGGAGAAUGUUGAUGGUGGCUUCUAUUCCCGGACAGGCUUGGACAACCCCUUUCAUGCGACGCGGGUGUCUGAGCUGUGCAGGACGCUUUGCUUUCCACACUUUGUUGAUUGGGAUGGAGACUCGUUCCUGGAUCUCAUCCUCAGCGCACGAGGCAAGGAUGACCUCCUGCUGUUCUUCCAUCGGAGCCCCACCGGGUCUCUCAAGCAGUUGGAGGGUGCCCCCAAUCCGCUGGCUGGCUUUGGCAGCACCGGCUCCCUGGGAGCUGCUGCGGUGCAGGCUGUCGAUUGGGAUGGCGAUGGGGACCUUGACCUUGUGGUUGCCCACUCCUCGAACACGAACCUACAGGUCUACGAGCGGAUGGAAGACUGGAGCAUGGAAAGAGUGGCCCAGAUCUCCUUCCACAGCAAGCUGAGCAAGUUUGCCCUGGCACGGCUUGGCCAGGGCUUGCCCGCCUUGUUCCAGGCCUCUCAGGGUUCCACCAGAGUCUGCGUCCAGCGACCUCAGGCUGAGGAGUCGUUUCAGCUACGGAGCCCUGCGGCAAACCCUUUCUUCGACAUCAAGGUUGACACCCGGGCUUUCCCGAAUGCAGUCGACUGGGAUGGGGAUGGCUUCUUGGAUGUGGUGAUGUUGAACAGGGAUGGCACGAUCUCCUUCUGGCAGGGCGCAUCUGGAGGUUUCCUACCUCGCACAGACGACAACCCGCUGCAAGACGUGACAGGAGGAGCGCAUUUUGUUGAAGUGGUGGAUUGGGACUCGGACGGAGACAUGGAUGUGCUGGCGGUAUCCGGUUGGCCUUCGACUCGUGUUGAGUUGUGGGAACAGCUGGCCAAUGGCAGCUUGAGGAGGCAAACUGGCGACAAGAGUCCCUUUACCUCGAUCGAUAUGGAUGCGGGUAUUGGGGACGCACCCACCCCAACGAUAUGUGAGGUUCAUAGUGCUGAUUGGGACAGCGAUGGAGAUAUGGAUCUCAUUGGCUUCGUAAGAUCAAGCGGCAAGGCUGCUGAGAUUUGGUAUUGGGAAAAUGCGGGUGGCAGCUUGCACCUCCGGUCGGGUGACUCAAACCCCUUUGGCGGGAUUCGUGUACCAGGACCGGCGGCUGCGCGAAUGCAGGUUCUAGACUAUGACGGGGAUGGCAACUUGGACUUCUUCUUGAGCGAAUACGCAACAGGUAGACUACACCUCUGGUUGGAUCAUGGCGGUGAGCUGCAUGAGCUCAACAACUCAAGAGGAGGCUCAAGCCCCUUCCCGCCCGUGGCCGACAUCAGCCACCGCACCUCCGUGGUUCAGCUGGUGCCUUGGCAAGGGGAGUGGGGCCUGCUGGCUGGUGGCCUGGAUGGCACCCUCAGCUUCUUCCAGAAGGGAUUCUGCGAGGUCACUGCGCGCUGCAGCAGCAGUGGGAGCUGCAAGCCCAGCGGCGAGUGCAACUGCAACCAGGACCGGCGCUUCUCGGACUGCUCGGGUUGCGCCGCGGGCUAUUCCAAGCGCUUCACGGGUUUCAGCAGCUGUCAGCCUUGCGCUGGCGUGGAGGCAGGGGAGGGUGCUUGCUACAAGCGGGGCAUCUGUGUGGACGACGUCUUCGUGAGUGCCAAUGCUCCUUCGGUCUUGGAGCAGCACCUGGCCAGAGGAAACGCGAGCUGCAAUUGCAAUGAACAUUUCUUUGGUACCAGCGAUGGUCUGAACACUUGCCUCGAGGGCAUGUGCCCUGUUGGAUUUGAGCUGAAGCCAAUUAUGCCAAACAGAGCCGGGAGUCUCAACUCCAAUUUAAAUCGAUCCCUGCUGUCGUGCCAGAAGUGCGACCCUGGAUACGGCAAAGCUGCUUCAGGCAAUGAACCCUGCCAACGAUGCCAAGUCAACUUUGUGUCCCCUCCCAAAGGCAAGGGUGUUUGUGAACGUUGUGCAGCAGGGUACACGUCCGACCCUGAAAGGAAGACUUGCCGGGUGAAGGCAAGUACCAUCUACGGUGCUGUCGUGCUCUUUUUGUGUUCUUUACUGGGUUGUCUGGUCUUCCCCGUUAUGCUUGGCCUCCCUAUCGCUGUGGAAGACGUGGGGUUUGAGCGCGGGGCUGGCACAGUCGUUACCACUGCUAGCGUGCAUUGCCUCCUGCCUUGUCUGCGAUGGUUGCCUGAAGUUUGGUUUUUCGGCACCGGGGUCCCCAUGCUCGAUGGGAAGGCCUUCCGGGUACAAAGCUUGGGUUUUCGCAGGCUCUUGUUGCAUGACAAAGAGCAUCUCAAGGCGCUAGCUGAGACGUGUUAUGACACAAACAAGGGCUUUCUGCGUUUUUCACCUCAGUUUGCUCUUUACUGGACUGGGCUUGGCAUACCGUUCUGGCUUUGGUUGCUGGCCUCAAUGGUCAUCUCAGCUAUUGUCUGUGUGUUUUGCGAGCUGCCGGCCUCAGAAAUCAUCUCAGUAGUGUGUGCGGCCAUUCUUUGUGCUGCGCUAGCACACUUGCGCAUCUAUUGGUCCAACUCCCGAUCAGCUUUGGCCCUUAGCCGGCACCGGUUCCGACAACGCCUUCGGGAACGUAACCCCUGGCCAAGUGCCUGCCAACGCGGCCCGCACAGGGCCAUCACAGCAGCACAAUUGCAUGAUUUCUUCCAGUAUUUUGUGGCUUACCUGGGUGAACGAAGCAUGUACUAUGUGGCCCAGAACCUCAUCAUACCGCUCACCCAACCCACACGUCUCUCCUAUGCAGAGCUGGCCGGCCCCAGCGAGGUGCAAUGGUUUGUCAGUCAUUUUUGGGGCACACCAUUCAAGCACUUCGUGGACUGCGUCCGCAAGCACAGCGAAAGUCUGGCCACCGGUGCCUGGGAGGAUCUCUGCUACUGGAUCUGCUCCUUUAGCAACAAUCAGUGGCGCGUGGGCGAAGAGUUGGGAGGCUCGGAUGGCUGGGUGGCCUCCUCGUUCUACCUGGCCUUGCGUGGCGGCAGCUGUCAGGGGACCGCCAUGAUCUUUGACGAUGAAGCCUUGCCCCUGGAACGCUCCUGGUGUUUGUUCGAGCUGCUGCAAACUUUGCAGCUCAGCCAGGAGGACGCCCGCUUCCGGGGUCUGUUCCUUUGCGUGCCCUCCGGGGUGCUCGCCUCGGGGAGUUGCAGCCUCGACGCAGCGCUGGCCAUCUCCCGGAAGCUGGCGACCCUGGACUUGCAGAACGCUCGGGCCAGCUGCCAGGAGGACAAGGAGAUGAUUGACGCACUGGUUGUGCAGUCUGGUGGCUUCGCAGAGGUGAACGACUUUGUCAAGCGCCACGUGCGGGAGGUCUUGCAGGCCACGCAGCAACGCUUCAGCUGCGACCUCGGGCUUCUGGAGAGCGGCCUCGCGCUGCCCGUGGCGCCGGCCGAGCCGCAGGCAUCGCAGGCACAGGUCCGCGCCGAGACCUCGGAGCAUUCGGCCGAUUCGGAGGCCUUGACCUGGAUCCUGAGCAUCAAGCCCGCCAAGGAUGCGGAGGGCACCUAUAGGACCUACAUCGGAGCCGGGGCACUGCCACCAGAUGGAUUCACCAACCCCGCCGACCCCCGGGUGGUGGAAGAGGUUACAGAUGAGGAUGACGAGCUCUACAGUGAUGAGCUGCGUCCGGGCGCGCCGAAGGGCCAGCGCGCUGCGAGCUCGGCGAUCGUUUGA